CACUUAACUUGUCACAGAAAGUACCCUGCAAUCCAGCCUUUGCACCGCAUGACUACACAGUAUGUAUCAACGCUAAAUUAAAACGGAUCGGCUGCUUCAAACACGGUCUGUUACGGUAUGACGUCAUGUUACGUACCCAUGUGACAAGAUCAUGUGGGUCGCGUGUGGCUGAGGCCAGAAUCAUGCACAUUGAGUCCACUGUUUACCUUACCCCACAGCUGUCUGUCCUGAUCACACACAAGUAGAAGGCAUUGCACGAUGGCAUACCCAGGACAGCAGCAGCAAGCGCAAUCGCAAAUGCACAUGCAGAUGCCUCCGUACAAUGACUCCAUUUUGACCAUCACCGAGAAAAGUUGCGCCGAUCCAUACGUGCUUUGGGAUAAGGGUACAUAUUACAUGACAUGGACAACCGGGUGUUCGGUUGAGAUCUGGUCGGGGGACAGUCUUUUCGACUUCGAGAACAGAUGUAAGAAGGACAUUAUAUGGUGGGCGCCGAAAGACCAGCCAUACUCCGGAGAUGUAUGGGCGCCUGAGCUUCACUCUAUUCACGGCCGCUGGUACGUGUAUUUUGCGGCCGAUGAUCCCAAGCAUGGAAACAAAUCUCAUCGCAUGUUCAUCCUGGAAGGACCACCUGCAGACGAGUCACCUUUAGUUCCCGAUAAGUGGAAGUUCUUCGGGCGCGUUGGCGGACUCCCGGACGACCAGUGGGCUAUUGACGGUACAGUCAUCACACUCGGUGGUAACAUGUUUUUCGUGUACUCGGGCUGGCCCCCGGGUGUUCACGAGAAUGAGUCGCGGCAAGAGAUUUACAUCAUCCAGAUGACCUCGCCAACGGAAUGUACAGGUCGCCCCAUUCGCAUCAGCACGCCAGACCUGCCAUUCGAGUUUUCUGGAUCUAGUGGUAUCAACGAGGGACCCCAGUUCUUGAGCUCACCCGACGGACGUUGGAUCGGCCUGGUGUAUUCGUGUGCCGGAUCCUGGACGCACGAGUACAAGAUGAAUGUGCUGUACUGGACGGGAGGUCACCCGCUUGAACCGCAGUCCUGGUGCAAGUCGAACCAUCCUCUACUCCAGGCAAGCCGUGAUGACAGUCCGCCAUAUGGUCCUGGUCACGGUAACUUCGUGCUUGUCAACGGCCCUGGUGGUGCGGAGGUUUGGGGCGUGUUCCAUGCAACCGACGCGAAGACUGGCUGGGAAGGCCGGAAAGCGCGUGUCAUGCGUGUAGGCUGGGGCCAUGGCGGACCGUACAUGGGAAGUGGGGAGUGUGGAAGGUGUUGCGGUGAUGUGAACCAUUUCAUCCAGGGCUGCCCGGGUGGUCAAUGCGGCGGCAAAGGACAUGCUGGAGGCUCCGGGGGUGGUGGAGGACACUUCCUCCAGGGAAACGCGACUGGAGGACAUGGACAUAUGGGCGACAGUGCGAACAUGAAGAACGAACUGAAAAACUUGGUGAAGGAAGGCAAGGGUUUGAUCAGUAACCGCGGUUUAAGUACAGCGAGCUCUUAUCUUGUACACAAAAGUGCGACUGUACGAUGUAGCAAUAUGCCCGUGUGGCUUCUUGUAUGCAGAUUGGAUCUGCUGACAGCGUUGCGCCCCAAGGAAUGCAAUUCUAACCCUGUAACCGCUCCCACUGAGCUAGGCUUUUGCUCCAUACCCUUGCAUUGGAAUCGCAAUUCGCCAACUUUUGUUGACUUGAAAGCAACUCUCCUCAUUCAAUCUCUCUUCAAAACAAUGGCUACCGUUGCUGGAAUCUGCGAUUCUCGAUUCGCGGCUGUAACGGGCUUACUCCAGUCGAAAAUUGGUACGGACGAGGAGUUAGGAGCUUCGAUCGUCGUAAACAUCCAUGGCAAGAAUGUGGUCGAUAUCUGGGGUGGCUAUGCAGAUGCAGCGAAGACAAAACCAUGGGAAGAGAACACCAUCACGAAUGUUUGGUCGUCUUCUAAGACAGUCGUCAGUCUCGCAGCACUUCUGCUGGUAGAUCGCGGCCUACUUGAUCCUUUCGAGAGAGUAUCGAAGUACUGGCCCGAGUUUGCCGUCAAUGGCAAAGAGGAUGUUGAGUUCCGACAUUUUCUCUCUCAUUCCUCUGGUGUUCCAGGCUGGGAGGGACCGAUCACCAUGCAAGAAGUCUUCGACGCCUCGACUUCGACCGCUCGUCUUGCAGCACAAGCACCAUGGUGGACACCUGGUACAGUCUCUGGCUAUCACAGCCUUACUAUGGGCCACCUUAUCGGCGAGCUCAUCCUUCGCGUCACUGGCAAAUCCAUCGACCAAUUUGUAGCCGAUGAACUCACCAGCCCGCUACAUGCAGACUUCCAGUUCGGUGUCAAGAAAAGUGACUACGUCCGCACUGCAGAGAUCAUACCCCCUCCAGCACCGCCAGCGGACUGGAAGCUGAACAUGUCCACAAUGGACAUGACUAGUAUCAUGGCUAAGACUCUGUUCAACCCCAUGAUGGACGCCAAUGUCGCCAACGAAGAGCCUUGGCGAAGUGCAGUAGUGCCCGCAGCGAACGGCAAUACCAACGCGCGCGGCAUCGCGCGUCUGCUUUCUUUCGUCAGCUGCAACGGCACUGUCGGCUCCACCACCCUCCUGAAGCCUUCAACCGUCGAUCUAAUCUUCGAUGAACAAAGCCACGGUCCCGACCGCGUCAUCAGCGUGAAUACCCGUUUCGGCAUGGGGUAUGGCCUGAACGGCGUUGGUUCUGAUGGCGCAGGGUACUGGAUACCCGAGGGUAAGAUCUGCUUCUGGGGCGGUUGGGGCGGUAGUAUGGUGCUGUGCGAUGUGGGACGGGGUCUCACGAUAACGUAUGUGAUGAAUAAGAUGAGCCAUGCGGGGCUGGGGAGCGGCAAUGCAAAGGAGUAUAUUUGGGCUGUUUAUCGAGCGCUGGGCGUGGCAAUCCCGGAGGAAAUGCAGAGCGUGGAAGAGGUUACGAAGGCUUAG